UCUAUCCAAGUUCUCUCCAAGAGAUUCUCCCCUCGCAAGACAAAUAGACCAGGAUUGUGUGUGUGUGUGUGUGCGAGGAAAAGAGAUGGAUGUUGAGACCAGACAGAAUUUCCAAGGGGAGAUGGAUGUUGAGUUCUCUGUUGAUUGGAGAGGCAGAUCCUGCAAGCCCAACAAGCAUGGAGGCAUGAGAGCUGCUGUCUUUGUUCUAGGCAUUCAAGCAUUUGAAAUCAUGGCAAUUGCUGCUGUGGGGAACAACCUUAUAACAUAUGUGUUCAAUGAGAUGCACUUUUCGCUGUCAAAAUCUGCAAACAUAGUGACCAACUUCGUCGGGACUAUCUUUCUCUUGUCUCUGCUUGGGGGAUUCCUUUCAGAUUCUUAUCUGGGGAGCUUCUGGACUAUGUUGAUUUUUGGAUUUGUGGAGCUCUCAGGAUUCAUCCUACUAGCAAUCCAAGCGCAUCUCCCCCAACUGAGGCCACCUCAAUGCAACAUGAUGUCUAAAGAAGAGCAUUGCGUGGAGGCCCAAGGCUUCAAGGCCAUUAUAUUCUUUAUUGCUCUCUACUUAGUGGCCUUGGGGAGUGGGUGCAUGAAGCCUAACAUGAUUGCCCAUGGUGCUGAUCAGUUCAGGAAAGAUGAUCCAAAACAAUCGAAGAAGCUCUCUACUUACUUCAACACAGCCUACUUCAGCUUCUGUGUCGGCGAGCUCAUCGCUCUCACCUUGCUCGUUUGGGUGCAGACACGGUCGGGGAUGGAUGUUGGUUUCGGUUUGUCAGCGACUGCCAUGGCAAUGGGCCUUAUCAGCUUGGUAUCUGGUCUAAUCUUCUAUAGGAACAAGCCACCUCAGGCCAGCAUCUUUACCCCAAUUGCGAGAGUCUUUGUAGCUGCAAUUGCUAAAAGAAAGCAGGUUUGUCCAUCUAGCUCUGAAAUGCUUCACCAGCGCCGAAACAAUGCACCUGGCCACCUCAUAGUCAGUGGACUUCAACGCACAGACAAAUUCAGGUUUCUGGAUAAGGCCUGCAUCAAAAUUCAAGAUGGUUCUGGCAUGAAGGAGAGCCCAUGGAAGCUAUGCACCGUUACUGAAGUCGAGCAAGUGAAGAUAAUCCUCUCGGUGAUUCCGAUCUUCGCAUGUACUAUCAUCUUCAACACGGUAUUAGCUCAACUUCAGACCUUCUCAGUCCAACAAGGAAGCACAAUGAACACCCAACUCAUCACCAAAUCCUUUCAUAUCCCUCCUGCUUCCCUCCAAUCCAUCCCUUACAUCAUGCUCAUCGUUCUUGUUCCCAUCUACGACAUGUGCUUCGUCCCCCUUGCUCGAAGGCUCACCGGAAAGGAAUCCGGGAUCACUCCUCUCCAGCGCCUCGGCAUCGGCCUCUGCACUGUGACCUUCUCGAUGGUUGUAGCAGCGUUGGUGGAGAAGAAGAGAAGGGAGGUGGCUAUUGGUUCAAAUAAGCUUUUGUCCAUCUUUUGGAUAGCCCCACAGUUCCUCAUCUUUGGAGUCUCAGAGAUGUUCACAGCUGUGGGCCUCAUUGAGUUCUUCUACAAGCAGUCAUUGUAUGGGAUGCAGUCCUUCUUGACAGCCAUGACCUAUUGCUCCUACUCAUUUGGGUUCUUCUUGAGCUCCCUUUUAGUCUCACUGGUGAACAAGAUCACCUCGAGCUCAUCAAAGAGUGGCUGGCUCAGUGACAAUGACCUCAAUAAGGAUAGGCUGGACUACUUCUAUUGGCUCCUGGCAGCCCUCAGCCUCCUUAAUUUUUUCAACUACCUUUACUGGUCUAGAUGGUACCCUUCCAACCCAUCUCUAUCAACCGCUGUAGUACAUGGUUCCUAUGGUGAAAAGGACCACCUCAGCUUCAGUUCCUCAAAGCAUGUAGAGGCAGACAAUAUACUGUGUUAAAAGGGCUAGCUUCACCACUUCAAUGAUAUUGUUUUUCUCAUUUCUAUCAUGAUCUUAUGUUAAGCUACAGAAAGUUUGAAAAAGGAAAGCAUGAAAUGUAUCAUGUUAGCUUUAUACGAACUAGGUGCAUUGGUGGGCUAACAUGCCCUUUUAAUCUUUUCCUUAAUAAAUUCUGGGGAAAAUUUCUCACUUCCUCCACAUUUCAU